AUGACUGGCCGUGGAAAGGGUGGCAAGGGUCUCGGCAAGGGCGGUGCCAAGCGUCACAGAAAGAUUCUUCGUGACAACAUCCAGGGCAUCACCAAGCCCGCUAUCCGCCGUCUUGCUCGUCGUGGUGGUGUCAAGCGUAUUUCUGCUAUGAUCUACGAGGAGACCCGUGGCGUCCUCAAGUCCUUCCUCGAGGGUGUCAUUCGUGACGCCGUCACCUACACCGAGCACGCCAAGCGCAAGACCGUCACCUCUCUCGACGUUGUCUACGCCCUCAAGCGCCAAGGCCGCACUCUCUACGGUUUCGGUGGUUAAACACCUCCGCCGAUCACCUAUUGAUAAUCAAAGCGUGUUUUCUCUUUAUUCGCGGUCGGUUUUUUCACAACAUAUUUGGCAUGAUGGACACACAACCAGAUCAGGGAUGGUGGUUAUAAGCUCUGUGUUUUUUGUUCAGGCUGGCGUUUAUGGAAUACUCGGGAGGGAGGGGGGAAACAUUCAUGGCGAUGGAUGAUUUGCAAUACCAGGCAGAAGAACGAAUGAACAUAAUACCCUACUUUUGUGUUUAGACCUGAAAUGUGAUGUGAUGUGAUGAUAUUAUGGUGUUUUUGGGUAUCUAACAACCCUGUCCUCCAACAACGAACGUGUAUGUGAUCAUUCGCGUCUUG